AUGGAGAAAUUGCGAUCGUGGCCUUCACAAGAGUUUCUACACAUGAAGCGAGAUUGGAAUCAGAGCGCAGAUCGACUGGCGAGUGAAGCUCUACAGCAAGAGAAAGGGACAGUUGUGUUUUCCGAUCAAGAGCGACAGGAUUUGAUUACACUCAAUCGGCUAAACGAAUUGCUACUACCAGAACGAGUCGGUCGUGCGGUAAAAGUGACAGCUAUCACUCGAUCAGCCCAGAGAAGACGUUGUCAGCCCCGGAUUUUACAGGAAGAAGUUGUGCGGCAAAUACGGAUUGGUCGUAUUAAACAAGCACAAGACGAAGAAAGCUGGAUAUCGAGUCUGAAGACAUAUCUGGUUGGAGACAUGGCUAAGCUAUCGGCCGAUGAGGCUAAAAUGUGCCCCCUGAUCGCGCCGGACUAUGAAGUAGAUCAGAGUGGGUUGCUAUUUUUCUGUCCGCGAUCGAACACCGAGGUUGACGAUCGUACCGAACUGGCUCGGUUGGUGGUCCCAGAACAGUUACAGCAAGAUUUCUUGCACCACUACCAUACCAGUUUGGAGGGUGGUCACCAAGGAAUCGGCCGUACAUAUCAACGGAUCAGGACGAAUUUCCACUGGCGUGGAUUGUACCGGAGCGUGCAGCGCUAUGUGGGAGAAUGUGUGGAUUGUGAAACAGGAAAGGGACGACCGGUGGAUCGAGGUGGAUCACCUGGUAAUAUGCAGUCGACGUACCCUUUUCAGAUUAUAGCUAUGGAUCACAUCCCUUCGUUGCCAAGAUCUGUUAAAGGGAACACCGAGCUGUUGCUCUGGGUCGAUUUGUUCUCGGAAUACGUGAUCGCAAAGGCAAGCUCGUCCAGAUCAGCCCAGACGAUCGCCGAAAGUUAUGAGGAGUGCGUGUUCAGACGAUUCGGAGCGAGCGAGGCGAUACGUCAUGAUCGUGAGCCGGGAUUUAUGUCUGAUUUCUUCCGAGCGUUCAAUCGAAUCGCGGGACAAAAACAGCGAGCCACUAUGGCAUAUAAACCGCAAGCUAACGGUACGGCCGAACGCAUGGUGCAGACGCUGACUCGAUCGAUUAAGAUGUACGUUAUGGAUGAAAACCAAUAG